AUGAAAUUUGAGUCGGGAUUAUUUAUUAUUUUACUUAUUUUUGUGGCUGGAACUUGCGCCUACAAUACGCGUAAAAAGUGCGAUGACUUACCCAGUCAAACUGGACCCUGCAAAGCAUCGUUUGAAAUGUGGCGCUUCAUCAAAGAGCGGCUAAAGUGCGAGUCCUUCAUCUACGGAGGAUGUCAAAGUACCCAAAAUAUAUUCGAAUUGGAGUCUGACUGCAAAAAAGAGCAAUGCCUAAGCUAAGGUCGUUAUGUAAAUGUAAAAAUUUAAUGCCUACUGAGGGUAGUCCUCUAUUGUAUUUCACAAAAUAAAAGUUUCGAGAUGC